AAUUCGUGAGGAGCCGGAUGAGAAGAAACUCUCACGUCCAGUUCUGCAGUAGAGAUGGAAUUACAAAGGAACCAUCAACUAUAACCCCAAAAGAACUCGAUUCCGUAAACAACAUAGAGGAAGAAUAAAGGGAAUAUCUUAUCGGGGUAAUCGUAUUUGUUUCGGAAGAUAUGCUCUUCAGGCACUUGAACCCGCUUGGAUCACGUCUAGACAAAUAGAAGCCGGGCGACGAGCAAUGACACGAAAUGCACGUCGCGGUGGAAAAAUAUGGGUCUGCGUUUUUCCUGACAAACCUGUUACAGUAAGACCCGCAGAAACCCGUAUGGGUUCGGGGAAAGGAUCUCCCGAAUAUUGGGUAGCUGUUGUCAAACCAGGUCGAAUACUUUAUGAAAUAAGCGGAGUAGCAGAAAAUGUAGCCCGAAGAGCUAUCACAAUAGCGGCAUCAAAAAUGCCUAUACGAACUCAAUUCAUUAUUUCAGGAUAAGAAUAUAGAACUAAAGGAAAUGGAUCUUUUGGAUAACACCAAGUGGAAGUUUUUUUGGACAAACAAUAUUUCUUUUUCACCUUUUGCAUUUAGUUUUGCAUUGAAAGAACAGAUAAAAAUAAAAUAUGAUUCAACCUCAGACCCUUUUGAAUGUAGCAGACAACAGCGGGGCUCGAGAAUUGAUGUGUAUUCGAAUCAUAGGAGCUAGCAAUCGUCGAUAUGCUCGUAUUGGUGACGUUAUUGUUGCUGUGAUCAAAGAAGCAAUACCUAAUACGCCCUUAGAAAGAUCCGAAGUGAUCAGAGCUGUAAUUGUACGUACCUGUAAAGAACUCAAACGCGACAACGGCAUGAUAAUACGAUAUGAUGACAAUGCCGCAGUUAUUAUUGAUCAAGAAGGAAAUCCAAAGGGAACUCGAAUUUUUGGUGCGAUUGCCCGGGAAUUGAGACAAAAAUUUACUAAAAUAGUUUCAUUAGCUCCUGAGGUAUUAUAAAAUGAUAAUCUAAGGCAUUUGAAUGAAUUUCAAUCAUAGUAGAUUGUGUAUCACGUAUAUACCUUUCAUUUAAAAUUUUUU